AUGUCCAUGACCGCUGCUCUCGAUCAGACCACCAUCGGUUCUGCAAAGACGAUUAGGCGCUCGAAAAAAUUGAUUCGUACGUACGUACAUAUGUACAUGCAAACUAAGGGUCACGGAAUAUACGAGGUCAGUGAUCACUCUACAAAACAGACGCAGCCUGUCGCGGUUCGGCUCGAUGCCGAGGCUAAUUUUGGAGGAAAUCGGAGCGGGGCAACGACAAACGACAGAGAACACGGAAGAAUGCGGCCUUACUUAUAUCUGUGCAUGCUUUUCAACAUUUUAGUGAUGGCUGAAGAGGUAGUAGCUGCUAGAGGCAAGUUUCUCUACUUUGCGUAUGGCAGCAACCUUCUGGACAAGAGAAUUCACAUCAACAACCCUUCCGCCGUACGAAAGACUCACGCGAAACUUGAGGGCUACAGACUUGAUUUUGCUGGAUUUUCUAGAAGAUGGGGAGGAGCAGUUGCAACCAUUGAGCCCCAAACGAACACUCACAUGUGGGGAGCUGUCUGGGAACUGGGGAAUGAGCACAUCGAAUCAUUGGACAGGCAAGAAGGUGUGCAGGAUGGAGUGUAUAGCGUCCUGCAAGUCAACGUAACCUCAGAGAGUGGACGGUCAUACAAAUGCAGAACGUACAGAUAUAACACAAAGGCACCUUUCACCGGCGGAUCUUAUGGAGAUUUACCUGCAGACCGACGCCCUUCACCACUGUAUCUUGAGACCAUUCUGCGAGGAGCCAAUCAGUCCCAUUUGCCGGAGAGCUACGUCAGACUUCUGUCCAGCAUCAAGUCCAACGGACACAACGCGGGCAUGACUCUCGAUCAGCUCCUCCAAAAUAUUAAGAUGGUCAACCGAAAAGACUAGACCGAAAUGCUCAUAUAUUAUAUAUGCAUAUUAUCAGUUUGGCAUCAAUAUAUAAUUUGACAUGAAGCCACUUGAUCAGCUAUCAAUUCUAAUGUCUUAUGAAACUAAUUAAUUAUUUUAUUAUAAUGUGCUAAGAAUAAAAAGCAGUAUAUUUUGAAACUUAAA